CACACACACACACACACACACACACACACACACACACACACACACACACACACACAUGCAAAGAGAAAGUCGUAAAAUAAUGUCCAAGUCCACGCUUCUGCUUCGCAUUAGACUUUGACCAACUUUGACCACCUGUACAACGUACGUUUGCUCCUGUUCACUUUACUACUUUCUUACCUGGCUAAGAAUUAGGAUUCUCAUCAUAUGGACGCCGGUACAGUGGUAUCAGGCCCGAGUUCUCUAGAGAAACCAGUUAUGUACAAGACGCUCUCCAAUGUGUCCAAGUAUACAGUCUACAAUGGACUGCGUAGGACAUCGCCCGUUCUUCGCGCGGUACCUAUAACGACGUUAAAUCUAAAUAAGCAACCGAUCCCGAAACAACCUGUACCUGAUCUCAAGCAAACCGCAGAACGUUACUUGAAAUCCUUAAAGCCGUUGUUGACUGACAAGGAAUAUAAAAAUACAGAGAGCAUUGUUAGUGAUUUUAUAAGCCACACAGGUGCAGGACCUAAAUUACAUGCAAAAUUGCUUGAAAGAUAUCAAAACACUGAUAACUGGAUGAAAGAAUGGUGGCUGGAAACUGCAUAUCUAGGAUACCGUAUGCCUGUGAUCGUGCAUUCCAGCCCUGGAAAUGUUGGACCACCAAUUACUUUCCAGCGACCAGAUGACAUAUAUGUGUAUGCAGCGCGUCUCAUUGCUGCAGUGUGUGAUUACAAUGAGAUGGUCAAGAGUGGAAAGAUGAAACAAGAAAUGGCUCGUAAUGAUCCACUCGACAUGCAGCCUUAUGCCUUAAUACUCGGCACGCACAGGCAGCCCAACGAAAAAGUCGACAAAUUGUUGCACACAGAUGAGGCAAAACACAUAAUAAUUAUAAGCAAUAAUAAUUUCUUUAAACUUUUCGUUGUUGAUCAAAGUGGCAUUUUAAGCGAGGGCAAACUUGUGGCUGCCAUGAAAGAUAUCGCGGAUCGCUCAUGCACCCAGGGAAAGCCUGUAGGAAUUUUAACUGGGAACGAUCGAGACACUUGGGCAAAGGAUUACAGCUUACUUUUAGAACUGGGUAAUAAUAGGAAUAUAAUCAAGGAUAUAGAAACUUCUUUGUUUGUAUUAUGUCUGGAUAAGGAUAUACCCAAGGAUGCUUUUAAGGAAAAAAAUAACGCCUCUGUCAGAGCGAUUCAAACUAUGACAGGCUAUAAUAGCUCUGUAAAUGCCGGUAAUAGGUGGCACGACAAGACUGUGCAGUUUAUAGUAUCUGCCGACGGUUAUAUCGGCAUGGAAUAUGAACACAGUCCAUGCGAAGGAGUUCCAGUUGCUGUCCUUCACGAUUACGUAUUAAAAUAUAUAGCAGCAAAAGAAAACGCGAGGGAUGUAAAGUUUAUGGAUUUUCCGAGACCAGAACUUUUGAAGUUCGAGACUAAUGACACUAUAGAUUGUGCAAUCGAUAUAGCUACUGAUGUGGUAGACAAGCUUUCAGAUGACGUAGACAUGGAAUGUUUUACAUUCGACAAAUUCGGUGCGGACGCCAUAAAAACGAUUAAACUGAGUCCUGACAGUUUUAUUCAGAUCGCGAUGCAAGUAACAUUCUAUAAUUUACAAAGAAAGGCCUCGGCUCAUUACGAAAGUGCGGGAUUACGAAGAUUCAUAAACGCCAGAACCGAAUGCAUUAGGUCUACCAGCACCGAGUCGGUCGAGUUCGCGAAAGCUAUGCUUCCCGAGAAACACAAGAGCAAGCAACAAAAAAAGGAAUUGAUGAUCAAAGCAAUAAACGCUCAUAAAGAAUACGCCGCACAGGCUGCGACUGGUCAAGGUGUCGAUCGGCAUCUGUUUGGCUUAAAAAUGAUAGCAAAAAGCGAAGGAAUGGAGCUCCCAGAAUUGUACAAAGAUAUUGGUUAUACUAAAAGUACAUAUUUCAAUUUAACGUCAAGUCAGGUGCCUUAUAAAACAGAGUCUUUUAUGUGUUAUGGACCGGUAGUUCCGGAUGGUUAUGCUUGCUGCUACAAUCCACGACCGAAGGAUAUUUUAUUUGCUUGUUCAUCGUUUAAAUCAUGUAGUGAGACCAAUACGAGAGACUUUGCUCGUAUUUUACGGCAGACACUAAGCGACAUGCGAGACAUAGGAAGUGAAUGAAAAUAUAGAAAUUCCAUUUUUGUUACGACGGAAGAUUUGCCAAUUUGAUAUUUUUAUACUUGCGAUAGCAAGUAAAAAUAAACAUGCUCAAAUCAAGCGGAUUUGUUUUGUAUAAACUUUAUUACGAAAUAUAUACUAAAGAUCCAAAACACUGCAGAAUGUACCAUCUUCUUGACUUGGUGCUCUAUAUAUGUUACAAUUGUAUUUUGUCAUACAAUAAACAUAUAACGUUAAA